ACAUCAUCAACCAAAUCACCACCGAUUGUCCAUCAUGCCCCGUGCUAUUAGAGGCGUCUUGAUCGAGUGCGAUCCUUCGAUCAAGUCCAUCAUCGUCAACAUCGACAGCGUGAACCACGACUUCAUUAUCGAGGACCUGGACGAGGAGCGCGUCGUUGUUAAGGAAAACAUGGUUCACCUCCUCAAACAGAAGCUCGAGGACGUACGUUGAACUCUCGACCCCUACUUUCUUCUCUUCGAGUUCGUUUGGUUUUGCUCACAUGUUGGCUUUCACAGCGCCUCAAGGAGAAUCUUCCUCCAGUAGACGAGUCCGGCUCCGAGUAACCCGUGCAUCUCGAUUACCGACAAGCCUUACAAGAAUCACCUGUUCAUACUAUCACGCCGCUUUAACGAUAUAAACUAUUGUUUGUUUCACUAGACCAGUUUGUGCAUUACCAGGCAGUCUAUUCUAGCCAUUAUACGUUCCCAUCCGCACUCGGCCGAAUACUCUACAACUUGGCAAACGUAGGCUUCUGCCUCUUCAACACGCUCAAUAUCGCCGCCGGGAAAUCCGCUCCCUGCAGUGCCACCGAAUUCCACAGCUGUGUAUACCGCAGGGUAUCCACGGUGCUGUGGUCUCUCGCGUGGUUCAGCAGCUCCUUGGUGCCCUGCACCGCCACGGGGCUCUUCUCUGCAAUAUUAGCCGCAAGGUCGAUAGCAACCUGCACCGUCUUCUCCUUGCUUUCGUGCACUUGGCUCACGAAACCCACCGCGAGAGCCUCCUGUGCGGAAAAGUCUCGGGCUGUUAGGCACACGUCCUUGACCCAGGACGUGGAUCCCACGAUCUUGGGGAGACGCGCAAGCGUGCCGAUGUCAGCCGCAAGGCCGAUAUCGACUUCCUUGACGGCGAAACGGGUGUUGGAAGCGCAGAUGCGGAUAUCAGCGGUGCAGGAAAUGUCGAUGGCGAGGCCAAGGGCAAUGCCGUGCAUGGCACAAAUCACGGCUGUAAAAUCGCAUUAGAUGGUUUUUUCAUAGAUAGAAUCAAAUAACAAGCUCAUUUUCUCAAAU